AGUUCCUCCAUUCUCCAGUCGUGCAUCUAUGACCAGUGAGAAGUCCACGGAUGGUCGACCCAAUUUCAGUGGUGCACAGUCUGAAUCCAGAGCAGUUCCUCCAUUCUCCAGUCGUGCAUCUAUGACCAGUGACAAGUCCACGGAUGGUCGACCCAAUUUCAGUGGUGCCCAGUCUGAAUCCAGAUCAAAACUAAUCUCUCCAAGAGAGGACUGCACUGAUGAUCGACCCAGCUUCAACAGUGACAGCAUACUGAGGAGUGUUAUAGAGAAACAUAAAGCCAGUCUGAAGAGGAAAUUUGAGAACAUAUCUGAGGGCACCAUCACAUCAGGAGCAAAGACGCUCCUAAGUAAGGUCUACACCAAACUCUACAUCACUGAGGGAGAAAGUGAAGGGGUGAAUAAAGAACAUGAGGUUUGGCAGGUAGAGUCAGCAUCCAGAGCACAAUCUACAGAAGACACACCAAUAGACUGCAAUGACAUCUUCAAGCCCGUACCUGGACAGGAGAAGCUCAUCCGAACUGUGAUGACCAAAGGUGUUGCUGGAAUUGGGAAAACAGUCUCUGUACAGAAGUUCAUUCUUGAUUGGAUAGAUGGGGUGGCCAACAAAGAUGUAGACUUUAUGUUUCCCCUCCCUUUCCGUGAGCUGAAUUUGAUCAGGAAUGAUCAGUAUAGUCUUCACAGGCUCCUGCUUGACUUUCACCCUGAGUUGAAGGAGCUGAAGGAUGCUGAAGAAUAUAAAAGUUGUCAGGUAGUGUUCAUUUUUGAUGGGUUGGAUGAAAGUCGAUUACCUCUGAAUUUUGAAGCCAACGCCAAGCCGAUAUUGGUAACGCAAACAUCAUCAGUUGAUCUUCUGAUGACAGGCCUCUUAAAGGGAUCUUUGCUGCCCUCUGCACGCAUCUGGAUAACCUCACGGCCAGCUGCAGCCAGUCAAAUCCCUACUCAGUACAUCAACCAGGUGACAGAAGUACGAGGAUUCAAUGACCCUCAGAAGGAAGAAUACUUCAGGAAGAGAAUCAGUGAUGAACAUCAGGCCAAGAGUAUAAUUUCACACAUAAAGGCAUCCAGAGGUCUCUACAUCAUGUGCCACAUUCCAGUCUUCUGUUGGAUUGCAGCAACUGUUCUUCAGCAGAUGCUGACAAUGAAAAAGACCUCAGAUAUUCCCAAGACUCUGACUGAGAUGUUCAUACAGUUUUUACUCAUCCAGACCGUCAGAAAAGACCAGAAAUUUCAACAAAUACAUGAAACAGAUACAAAACAACUCUUGAAAUCACAGAAAGAAAAGAUACUGAAGCUGGCAGAACUGGCUUUUAAGAAUCUACAGGAUGGCAAUCUCAUGUUUUAUGAGGAAGACCUGAGAAAGUGUGACAUUGAUGUCACUGAAGCCUCAGUGUACUCUGGCAUGUGCACUGAAAUCUUCAAGGAAGAAUGUGUGUUUCACCAGAAUAAGGUCUACAGCUUUGUGCAUCUGAGCAUCCAGGAGUUCAUGGCAGCUAUGUUUGUGUUUCACUCCUUUGUGACUAAAAACUUUUACCCACUGAAAUGCAUCCUCGGUGAGAAAAGGGACCCCAGAUCAUAUCAUCAGUCAGUGCAAAACUUAAAACCACAAGAUCUUCAUGUGUUGCUGAGCAAGACAGUGGAUGGGGCUUUGAAGAGCAGGAAUGGACAUUUGGACCUUUUCCUUCGCUUCCUAACAGGCAUUUCUCUGGAGAGCAAUCAGAAACUGCAGCAGGGCUUACUGACCCAAACAUACAGCACUUCCAGCAGCAUCAAGAAAACAUGUCAGUACAUUAAGAACCUCAACAGAGAAGAUCUCUCUCCUGAAAGGUGCAUCAAUCUUUUCCACUGCUUAUUAGAAAUGAAUGAUCAUUCCAUGCAAAAGGAAAUUCAGAAAUACCUGAAAUCUAAUAAUGGCACAAAGCAGAACUUAUCUCCAGCUCACUGUUCGGCAAUGGCCCACAUGCUUUUGAUGUCUGAAGAGGAGCUUGACAAGUUUGACCUGGAGGCCUACAGCACAUCACACGAAGGACGCAGGAGAUUGAUCCCAGCUAUGAGGUGCUUCAAAAAGGCUAGACUCGCUGGCUUUCCACUCAGUGCAACAACCUGUGAAAUGUUGGCCUCAGUUCUCAAGUCUCCAAACUCUCUGAUGGAGCUAGACCUGAGGGACUGUGACCUGGGAGAUCAUGGAGUUCAGAUUCUCUGCACAGGACUCUCUAGUUCCCACUGCAAACUGCAGACAUUAAGGCUGCCUGGUUGUCUUGUCUCUGAUAGAGGUUGUAAUGAUCUGGUGAUAGCUCUAACUUCAAACACCUCCCAAAUAAAAGAGCUGGAUCUGAGUUAUAAUCAUCCUGGAGAAUCAGGACUGAUACUGUUAUCUACGCAAGUGGAGACACUCAAAGCUGAAUACUGUUCACGUAUCAGAUUGAAGGAAGGUGUGCAGAAAUAUAUCAGUUAUCUCACCCUGGACCCAAACACAGCACACAAAAAAGUCUCCAUCUCUGAGUGCAAGAGAAAAGCAGCAUUUGUGGAAGUGGAGCAACCGUAUCCCAAACACCCAGAGAGAUUUCGCUUUGCGUCUCAGGUGCUGUGUGGAGAGGCUGUGUCUGGACAGUGCUACUGGGAGGCUGAGUGGAGUGGCUUUGGGGCUCAUAUAGCCGUGGCCUAUAAAAGCAUCCAGAGGAAAAGCGUGCGUACAGCCAACAACAUGGGAAAGGACAGCAAGUCCUGGACUCUGGCCUGUUGUUCUGACAGUUACUCUACCUGGCACAAUAACAAAAGCACUAAAAUAACCGUCCUCCGCAGACCCUCCAGGAGAGUAGGGGUCUACCUGAACUGGCAGGCCGGCAUUCUGUCCUUCUACAGUGUCUCACCUGACUCAUUCACCCUCCUGCACACGUUCUACACCACGUUCACUGAGCCCCUCUAUCCAGGGUUUAAGCUGAUGUCUAGAGGCUCCUCAGUGUCCCUUGUAUAAGACACACAAUUUCCAAUGAAAAGGACUGCAGCACAACCAGUGUCUUGGGCAUGGCUCUAAAGUGUGGAUUGUGUCUUAAUUGUAAAACAUAACUACAUUGACUUCCCCUCCAUUGAGGCUAUCCAGGGCAAGCAAUGCUUGUGUAAGGUGCAUAGCAUCGUCAAAGACUGUUCCCAUCCCAACCACAGAUCAUUCACCCCACUCCCCUCCAGGGGGCGCUACAGGUCUUUCCGCACCCAAACCAGCAGGUUCAGAGGCAGCUUCUUCCCUGCAGUGCUCACCCUACUGAACUCUAGCUCUGCACCCCAUAAUAAUCACCCUACUGAACUCUAGCUCUGCACCCCAGCGACAGCCAACAAACUAAACCCCCUCCCUUCCAUUCAGCCUGCACAUACAGUGCGACUCUUAUAAUGUUACUGUUUCUGCACUACAAGGGUACUGUCACCACACUGCACAUAGCUGUACAUACUGAACAUAGUAUGGUCUAUACUAAAUAUCCAUAUUUAUAAUAUAUUCUGCUAAUCACACUGCAUAUGUCUACUAUUCUUACUACUCUUGUAAUAGUACUAAACUGCACAUAUCUGUACAUGUCGUAUAAGGUUACUGCUACAGUAAUAUACUACAUAUAUUUAUAUUUAUAUUACUGUAAACCACCUUCUGCAAACCAACUGCAUACUACUGUCUACACAGCACUACAUAUCUUGUCUUGUUUAUGCUCCACAACAUGGUCAAGAUCCCUACAGAAAUCCAGAGCUGAAGUUCACCUACAAAAAAGCCACCAUCUUUGCCCAAAUAAGGAGAUCCGGUAUCUUGAGAUUUUUUCUACGGGAAAAUAACAUGGGGAUUUUGAAUCAUCGCACCUGUUAAACUCUUACAGGGAUGAAUGCAGACGUUUUGCGCUAGAAAGUUUUGUCCUCUGCCUUCAAGUGUAUCCUGUGAUCUUCGGUAGGUGAAGAUGGCACUCUUUGAUCUUUGGUACCCCAGAACUGACAAAGCAACUUGCCACAGGCAGUUAGCUUCAAUUAACACCCGGAACUCCUUAUAUGGGCAAAGAUGGCAGUGUUGGAUCCUAUUUGUAGGCGAACUUCAGAGGUCUAUGUUGGCCUACAAAAAAGCCACCAUCUUUGCCCAAAUAAGGAGAUCCGGUAUCUUGAGAUUUUUUCUAUGGGAAAAUAACAUGGGGAUUUUCAAUAAUCGCACCUGUUAAACUCUCGCGGGGAUGAUGACAUUGGAAAUGCAGACGUUUUUCACUACACAGUUUUGUCCACUGCCGUGUAGUGGAUACUGUGAUCUUCGGUAGGUGAAGACGGCACACUUUGAUCUUUGCUACCCCAGAGCUAACUUACCAUGCAACUUGCCAUAGGCAGUUAGCUUCAAUUAACUCCUGGAUCUCCUUAUAUGGGCAAAGAUGGCAGCUUUGGAUCCUUUUUGUAGGCGAACUUCAGAGGUCUAUGGGCUCAGAUAGGUAUUUGGGUUUGGGACACUUCACAGGAUCAGUAUAUUUGAAAAUCCAACAUUGAUUCAAUGUAAAACAGAGGGAACACUUCCAAUACCACUUCAACAUCAGGCUUCAACAUAGUUUCAAUGUUUCAAACCAUAUGAAAUUACGAAAGAUUUUGAACGUUUUUCAAUAAUAAUAA